UUUCUGAUUCCAUCGUCUUCCCAGCUGUCUUGAAAGCCCCUUCCCACCAACACUCUCUCUCUCUCUCACUCUGUGAAAGUCUACAUUUCACAAGGCACUUUAUCCACAUCCAAAGCCCCCCUUUUCUUUUCUCUCUUGAUGCAACAAAAUCCCCGCAAAAAGCCUCUCAGAGAAGACACAAAAUCAAAGCGAAAGUAAGAGAGAAGGAGAAAAAGUGGCAGUCCAGAGAGACAAAACAGAGCAAAAAUCGUUUUCUCUGACUACCUUACUUUCCAUUCAAUUGAUUUCAUGGGUUGCUCUGCUUCUCGUUCCCAUACCAUUCUCACUAGACCCACCGAAGAUCACCAAAAACCAUUCUCAAACUCUCCUUAUUCACAAUCGCCAUGCUCAUAUUCAUAUUCAGACUCUUCUUCAACCCCAGUCUCUAGAACUCUCUCCCUUCCAACCCCUCUCGUCCUCCACCCACCUCUCCGCAAAGGAGAUACCAAUCACUUGGUCUCUCUCACAUCCACCACCUACGGCUCUCUCAUCCUCAUCGACCCAAUUCCGAACCCUAAUUUCAACGGCCAAGAUGGCUCCAAUUCGUUGACCCACAUCGCAAAAACCCAAAUUCCAAAAGACCCAAUUGAUCCAUCUUCCCCAGACUCCGUUAUCAACACCUGGGAGCUCAUGGAAGGCCUCGAUGACUGGGAUUUUGAUAUUAUUCAGCCACCCAUUGAGUCCCCAAGAAAACCCAAUUUGUAUCCGAAAUCAGAUUCUAAUGGGUCUAUCAACAAAGAUUCGGAUGUUAUUGACAUGGUGAAAUCUUUUGAGAUUGUGGAACACUCGGAUUCAAAGCCAUUGUGGAAGCAUUUAUCGGAGGAGUCAUUGCUCGCAAAAAUGGACCCAAAUGUGGUUUUAAGUUAUAGAAAGGCAUUAUCUUCAAGGCAAUUAGGGGUUGAACAAUUCAAAGAUGUAAAGCCCAAAGUAAUUAGGCCAAUAGGACCUAAUUCUAUGAGCUCUUUGUCAUCUAGCAGUGAAAAAUUCUAUUUAAAGGGGACUGAAGACAGAAUUGUGCUGUAUCAUACUAGUUUAAGAGGAAUUAGAAAGACUUUUGAAGAUUGCGGUGCGGUUAGGAUGAUCUUUAGGGGCUUUAGGGUAUUUGUGGAUGAAAGGGACAUAUCUAUGGAUUCAAUGUAUAGGAAUGAAUUGCAGAGUGUAUUGGGAGGGAAGGCUGUGAGUUUGCCACAGGUGUUUAUUAGAGGGAAGCAUAUUGGGGGUGUGGAUGAGAUUAAUCAACUUCAUGAGGUUGGACAGUUGGCAAAGCUUUUAGAAGGAUUCCCAGCUCAAGAUCCAGGGAUUGUUUGUGACAGUUGUGGGGAUGCAAGGUUUGUGCCGUGCCUAAUUUGUAAUGGAAGUCGAAAAGUGUUUGAGGAAGAGGAAAGGAAAGUAAGGAGGUGCUCGGAUUGCAAUGAGAACGGAUUGAUUCGGUGCCCAAAUUGCUGCUCUUGAAUGCUGCAAUGCUGCCAAUAAAUUAUGAUGUAUGUUUUGCUGUAUGUUAUGAGCAAUUCUACUACUAAUGCAGUAUAUAUCUCCUUGUUUAGGAUAUUGUGUUGAGACUUGUUUCUUUUGUGCUGUCUAUAUUGUGUAGCUUUUGGUUAUUCUUAGUUCAUUGUCUCUCUGAACUGAACUACCACUAAAAUAAAAAGGUGGCAUUAUCUGCUUGUGAUGUGAAACCUGCCAAACAUAACGAGAUCCAACAAUGAAAUGGAACUUAUUGAUGAAUCUUUAUGGGUCUCCACGAACUUCCUUGAGUUCUUGCCUCUUGAAUAAGUCCGUUGAGUAUAUCUUUUAACUUCCUUGUUUGUGCUCUUGUAAUCGGCCCAAUUGCGACUUGAUCUAGAUCCCUUGAAGUUGUGUUAUGAUUUGCAUCAGCUUGUUACUCAAUUCACAGGGAAGCUUGUGAGUUGUUGAUGGAAGUUUGAUUGUUGUGCAUUGUAGUUUCUAAGUUCGAAUUGUUACUCCUUUUCUGGUACAUGCUUG